GUUUUCUCAACAAAGAAAUAUCGUGCUUUACCAACCAAUCGUACGCUUUCUUUCAAUUCGAUUGUUUAUCGAACAAUACAACUCGUGUGGCUGUUCGAAUGAACCAAUCCGCUUCAACGAUUUUGCGCGGGCUCACUUUGCAACGGUUGCUGGUAAUAACUUCACAACAAAGAAGAAUAUGAGAUUGGCCUAAGCAAGGCAACUAUUUCUCUAGGAAAUCUGGCUAUACUGUUGAUGUUUUAACUUUUGCUACUAUAUUUCGUGUUCGAAGUUGUUAAUCAAGAUGCCUAGAAAAAAUUUCUACGAGAUCGGAAGUGACAUUUUUGCAAAAUGGCCUGGAACAAACAUGUACUAUCCUGGCACCGUAGUGGAAGAGUAUGACAAGCCAACAGAUUCAUACAUGGUGAAAUUUGAAAGUGAACUCGAUCCUUUAGCGAUUCUGGCAAAAAACAUUUCGAAACCGAGUCAAGUAAGACAAUGGAGGAGCCGUUCUGCAUCCCCUGCUAGAACUCCAGGACGAAAACGGAGGACAAGGUCCAGAUCAAAGUCACCAUCAAGAGCUUCAAACAAGAGGUCUCCUACUAGGAGAAGAUCGCCAGGUCGUAAACCAAAAUCAACACAAGACAGUAAUGAGUCAAGUCCUAAUAAUGAGGAAGUCAAAUCUGAGCAGGAUAAUACUCCAGUAAAGCAAACAAAAGAGAGGAUUGAGACAAAAGAAGAGAACUCAAAAGAAGAGCAGACAAAUGUGAUUAAAGAAGAACGUUCUGAAACAAUUGUGACAAGGCGUGUGACAAGGUCAGUGGCAAAGUUGCAAGAGAAGGAAACAGAAAUUUCAAAACAAGAAGAGGCAAAAGUGGAAGGAGAGCCGAACGAGGCCUGUGGCUGGCUUUGCCAAUUAAUCGGAUUAUUAUCAACAAUUUUGAUGCCAUUAGCUGUUUUAGCACUAGGCUUUGUUUGUAGUGACAAACUACAAGCAUUUUCUUUCACUAAGUGGCCCAAACUACCAUCAGCUGGUUCACUUUUGGACUGGAGGGUGCUUCUUGGGGUUGGUGUUUGGUUUGAUUUCCAGUUUGUUCUGACAAAGUUUCCAUUUGGUGAGGUUUCCCAAGGCAUUGUUACAAAGGAGGGACAACCGCUAACAUAUAGAUGUAAUGGCUGUAUCGGGUUAUUCUUGCAACUGGCUCUUCUUGGCAUUGGUGUGUAUACAAAGACAACUUUCCAGGUAGCAGACCUGGUUGACAAGUUCUACUUAAGUAUUAUUGCAUCAGCCAUUAUUGUUGCAUUUGGUACAUCUGUCUUGGUUGCACUGAAAACAUCGAUUGAUUCCAACUUCAAAGGUCAAAGACUGACACCUGCAAACUUCUUCAAUGGAAGAGAAAUCAACCCAAGUGUAUUUACAUUUGAUAUAAAAUGGUGUUGUUCAAGGGCAUCAUUCAUAACAUGGAUUGUGCUUGACCUCCUGUUUGUUGCAAAGCAUUAUUCUGAUACAAAAGGUGAAGUAAACUGUGCUGCUGUGGCGGUUGCUUUUUUCCAACUGGUUUAUUUGGGUGGUACAUUUUUUCUUCUUGAGAAACGGAUGGCUACAAGUCCUCUAUUCAUGGAAAUGGCUCCAGGGUUUGGUUUCAUACUUGGCACAAUGGUAUUUGUACCUCUGUUCUACUCAAUGCAGGUUCUUUAUUUGGUUAGAACAACACCCCAGUUGCCACCGGCUACAUGGGCAUUGGUUAUCGCUCUUCAAGUCUUUGGGUACUACAUAUUCUUUAAAGCAAAUAGAGAGAAAUCCCAAUUUAGAUCAGACCCAAAGAAAGCGAUGAAAAGAGAUGUAAAAGUUGUUUUCACUCAAGAUGGCAAGAACUUGCUUGCUGAUGGCUGGUGGGGAAGGCUGAGGCAUCCAAAUUACCUUGGUGAUAUUCUUGUUGCCAUUUCAUGGGCAAUUCCGGGAGGCUGUAAUCAUGCUGCACCUUGGUUAUACCCUAUUGCCUUGGUUGCAAUGCUGGUUGCUAUGGCUAAAGAAGAUGAUGAGCGCUGUGCAAAGAAGUACGGACUUAGCUGGGAUGAGUACAAAGAUCGCGUUAAAUAUGUCAUCGUCCCAUAUGUUUAUUAAACUUUUGGUGAUUGUAAAACGAACUACAAGUUAUAGCAGGGAGAUUAAUUGUGAAUAGUUUCACAAAGACCGAAAGACAUAUUGGCACUUUCAAGCAAAACUGGCUGACUGCACAAAAGAAAUUACUCUGUACUCUAUCAUUGUGCAUUCCCGAAAUCAGUUCAAAGCUAUCUGAGAAACUGGUUGCCUGGCUGUUAGACUUGCUGUAAAACGAAACACAAUUUAACAUCAGUGGUGAUAAUUCUCUAGCACAAGUAAAAGAUGCUAAUAUAUGUUUAUAUGAUUGUGAAAUAAAAAUAUUUUAUUGUAUAUUCACAGUUUUAGGGGAUAGAUGUUAGUUCUUAAGUUGCACAUAGAGCCAAUACGUUGCUUCAGGUAACCAAGAGUAUGCUCUAAUUAUUGCCUUUAUCUUAUUGCCUCCAUAAGUAAGCAACUGCCCAACUGAAAAUUUUUAGUACACAAACAAGUCAGGUUUCAUCAACCAAUUUUUUCUGACUAACUUGGGUUUCUGAAUAUCUAUUUUCUAAACAAUGGUGGAAAAGUGGAAAUUAAAUCUAUGUGAUAUGUUUCAACUAGAUUCUUUCGAUAUUAGCCUAUUAUCAGUGCACAGACAAACCUUUAGCUGAAUCACCAUAGGAUCUAGAACAGCAGAGAUGAAAACACGCUCUUUCAGCUACAAGUUAUUUCAUUUCACUUAGUAACUCUCGUCUGUUUUAUUCUUAACCAUUGGUUUAGUAUUAUUCUUAAAAAGCUUCAGUGUGUAAAUACCAUAUCAAUAUGACUGUA